UUGCACACAAAUCAAGCGCCAGUGAGCAGGAGGGAGCAGAGCAGUGUUUGGUCAGGAUGUCGAGUUCAGUCUGCUCCCUGUCGCUCCUUGGCCUUGCUGCCGCUCUUCUUCUCUGCUGCUCCCGGCCUGCGACCGCUAAGGAGCAACGCCACGAGUUCGUGAUCCAGGAGGCGGCGGUGACGAGGCUGUGCAACUCGCGGAGCAUCGUGACGGCAAACGGGCAGUUCCCCGGGCCGGCGGUGGAGUUGAACGAGGGCGACUCCCUCGUCGUCAGCGUCGUCAACAACGCCACCUACAACGUCACCAUCCACUGGCACGGCGUGCGGCAGAUGCGGACGGGGUGGUCGGACGGGCCGGAGUUCGUGACGCAGUGCCCGAUCCGGCCGGGGGGCAGCUACACGUACCGCUUCACGGUGGCCGGGCAGGAGGGCACGCUGUGGUGGCACGCGCACAGCUCCUGGCUCAGGGCCACCGUCUACGGCGCGCUCAUCAUCCGCCCGCGCGACCCCGUCCCCUACCCCUUCGACUUCCACGGCGAGCUCGCCCCCAUCAUGCUCGGUGAGUGGUGGGACAUGAACCCCAUCGACGUCAUCCGCACCGCCACGCGCACCGGUGCAGCUCCCAACGUCUCCGACGCCAUCACCGUCAACGGCCAACCCGGCGACCUCUACAGCUGCUCCUCCCAAGACACGACCGUGUUCCCGGUCAAGUCCGGCGAGACCAACCUGUUGCGCUUCAUCAACGCCGCGCUCAACACCGAGCUCUUCGUCUCCCUCGCCGGCCACACCAUGACCGUCGUGGGCGCCGACGCCUCCUACCUCAAGCCGUACAACACCACUGUCAUCGUGCUCGGGCCCGGCCAGACCACGGACGUCCUCGUCACCUUCGACCAGCCGCCGGGCCGGUACUACCUCGCCGCCCGCGCCUACGCCAGCGCGCAGGGUGUGCCCUUCGACAACACCACCACCACCGCCAUCUUCGACUACGGCGCCGGUGGCACGGCGAGCCCGGCGAUGCCGACCCUCCCAGCGUACAAUGACACGGCCACGGUCACCACGUUCACAACGAGCCUGCGCAACCUCCACUCGGUGGGCCUCCCCUCGGCGGUCGACGAGGACCUUUUCUUCACCGUCGGCGUCGGCCUCUUCAACUGCUCCAGCGGACAGAACUGCGGCGGCCCCAACAACACGCGGUUCGCGGCGAGCAUCAACAACGCCUCCUUCGUUCUCCCCUCCACCGUCUCCAUCCUCCAGGCACACUACCAGGGCGAUGCCGCCGCCACCGGCGUCUUCACCACCGACUUCCCCGCCAACCCGCCGGUGCAGUUCGACUACACGGCGCAGAAUGUGAGCCGCGCGCUCUGGCAGCCCGUGCCAGGCACCAAGGUGUACAAGCUCAAGUACGGCUCCGUGGUGCAGAUCGUGCUCCAGGGCACCAACAUCUUCGCCGGGGAGAACCACCCUAUCCACACCCAUGGCUACGACUUCUUCAUCCUCGCUGAGGGCUUCGGCAACUUCGAUGCCGCUACCGACACCGCAAAGUUCAACCUCGACGACCCACCAAUGAGGAACACGGUGGGCGUCCCGCUGAAUGGGUGGGCUGUCAUCCGGUUCGUCGCCGACAACCCCGGGGUGUGGCUGAUGCACUGCCAUCUGGAUGUGCACAUCACCUGGGGCCUCGCCAUGGCCUUCCUGGUCGAGGAUGGAGUAGGAGAGCUGCAGUCCCUGGGGGCACCCCCACCAGACCUGCCAAUUUGCUGAAGAAAUCAAAGUCUUUUUUUUUUUGCUCAGUUCUACUGAUUAUUUGGGGCAAUGUACCAUUCUCACAUUUGUUGCCGCGUUCUAGUUAUUUACAUUCGAUUCAUUACGAAAUAUCUUCAAUGUAAUUCAGAUACUUUUCAGUCAGAAAAAUGUUAUUCAGAUACUGUUGAACACUAGA